AUGCCGUUGUUUCCUCUCGCAGGUCGAGUGACGGAGGUGAUAACUAUUGUGGGGGGAAAAGCCCGUCUUCCGUGUGACGUCUCGCAGCCCGGCGACACACCCAUCUUAGUCCUCAUCUACAACGGAGCGACAGGAAGACCCGUCUACAGCAUUGACGCCCGCAGCGGGUCUUUGGAGAGCUCGGUACACUGGUCGGCCUUGGGGGACAGAGCCCACUUCGACGUCUCCUCCGACGAUACCCAGAGUCUCGUCAUUAGUCACGUCGAGGCUGAGGACGAUGGUGAUUACCGCUGCAGAGUCGACUUCAGGGCCUCCCCUACCAGGAACCUCAGGGUGAAUCUACUGGUUGUAGUGCCAACACAGCGCGUCAGUAUUCUCAACGCACAAGAGGUGGAGGUAAAUGGCGCUGUCGGCCCUUACUCACUCGGGACCAGCCUAGUGCUCACCUGUCAGGCCUCUGGAGGUCGACCGGCCCCGAAGGUGACCUGGUGGCACGAGGGGUCACUGCUGGAUGACCUGAUGGAGACCAACACAAGUGACGUCACCCGCAACACCUUGACCUUACCUAACCUGAGUCGUCAUCACCUAUACCGUGUCAUCACCUGUCGGGUAGUUAACUCCAACAUAACCAAAGAACAACAUGUCUCUGUCACCAUUGAUAUGAGCUUCCCGCCCCUUGAUGUGAGGAUCCUGGGCACCAAUAUACCUAUGUCUGAAGGCAAGAGGUACUCCUUCAAGUGUGAGGCAAGUGGUUCUCGACCCCCUGCUACCCUCUCGUGGUGGAUGGACGGUGUGAUGAUGCCUGCUUCUCCAGAUCAGGUGGUGUUAGAGAGCAACGUGAGCAAAACAACCCUAAAUCUGACCCCAACUAGACAGAACGACGGGGCUAUCGUCUCUUGCAGGGCAGAAAACCCAGCCAUACCCGGAGCAGCUAUGGAGGACAUUAUCAAGCUCUCUGUUCACUACACGCCCCGGGUUCAGCUGCGGGCAGGGCAGAACCUCGUCCUGACCAACAUCAAGGAGGGUGACGAUGUUUACUUUGAGUGUGUGGUGAAGGCCAGCCCUCCCGCCCACACUGUCCAUUGGUACCUCCAGAGUCAGGAGAUACGUCACAACACUUCAGGAGGGGUGAUAAUGACCAACCACAGCCUAGUGUUACAGAGUGUCAACAGGGAGUCUUCAGGGGCUUAUACCUGCUCGGCAACCAACAAACAUGGUUCAGCCACCUCCCAACCCAUCCGUCUCAGCGUCAAGUACACGCCGGUGUGUAUAGAGGAGCAGCAGUGGACGUACGGCGGGGGACGCGGUGACCAGGUGAACGUCAGUUGCCAGGUGGACGCCCAUCCGGAGCCUCACACCUUCCGCUGGGCUUUCAAUACCUCGGCUGAGAUGCUGUACAUCCCCAACGACCACGUACACCUCCAGCGGAGCGGCAGCGUGAUGGCUUACACACCCAAGACACACCACGACUUUGGUACUUUGUUGUGCUGGGCCGUCAACGAAGUGGGCUCUCAGCCACUCCCUUGCGUGUACAUGGUAGUGCCUGCAGCGGCUCCUGACCCAGUACACAACUGUAGUGUGUGGCACAACGCCAGCGCCGCAGGGGAGGUGGUCGUGUCGUGUGAGGCGGGCUGGAGUGGCGGCCUUACUCAGACCUUCACUCUGGAGGUGCGGCAGAUGACGGCGUCGGGGGAGGCGGGCCCCGUGAUCACGUCCCUGCAGCAACAGACGCAGCCUCACUUCACCGUAACAGGUUUGGCCCCGGGCACCGAGUACCAGCUGGCCGUAGGAGCGUCCAACACCCAGGGAGCCGCGCCCUCCACCCUCCUUCUCCACCACACGCCCAUAGACGUCGCCGAGAAACGCACCAGUGCAGCUGCGGCGGAGUCCUUUGGCGUGGGUCUUAAUCAAGCGAUGAUUGCGGGGAUCCUAGCGGUGGUCGCGGGCGCCGUGGGGUCCCUGGUGAUCUGCUCAGUAGUACUGGUGCUGGUGAUCCGUGGGCGCCUCAGACACGCCCACAACCAGCCUCGGGUGAUGUACGAUAAGGCGACGCCCCAGGCCAAGAGUUGUGAUCACGGAGGCUUCGACCAACUGCACCGGGGUCCUGACCUCAUCCUUGUGAAGACUGGGAAGAAGGACAGUAGCCAACACCCAGCCGUGACCUGUGCAGCCACAACACCCGGCACUAUAACUUGCGGCCAUCAGGUGGGAUCUUCAUCUUCCAUUAACCCUGUCGGUACCUGCAUCACCAGCCCUUCCAGCAUUCUUAACCUCGCUACCACCAGUAACGUCAACACCGGCAAUGGCAGCGUCAACACCAGCAACAGCAGUAUUAGUUCCACCAACAGCGUCGUUGGUACCAGCACAAGCACCACCAAUAACCCAAACUCAGGCUCACCAAUGACAACAAAUAGCGGGACCAUUUUAAGCCCCCCAAAAGGUACAGUUUUGAGCUCCAGCGGCAGCGGUACUGUGACAAAUUCCAGCACCGAUGCUCUCAUAAAUCCUUCGAGUGGCGCCAUUGUGAGUCCCUGCGGUGCAGUCUUGGAAACAGGCAGCGGAAGCAUUAGUGCAGUCACCAGCGCGGCCGUCAUUCACUCCGGAGAGCCUCUGGAGAGCCAAAGACCUCGCCCAGUAUCCAUGGCGUCACCGGCCACGCUGGAAGACUUUCAUAACCGGAAGGGUCACUCGUCCUCCAGUACUGGGCGGCGUCCCUCCUUCACCUCCUCCACUAUGCCCCGCCGUUCCUCCACCGUGGCUCUCCACCCAGAGUUCCUCCCGCAUGACCUCAGUACCAGCAGGGAGAGUUGCGUCUAGUUAUUAGGUGUCUGGCUAAUGAGACGUCGGUAAGGAACACACACCUGAUUAGCUGCCCUCACUUAGUUAACACGGACCGCACGUUCUCCUGGUCCACGUGUGCACCUGGUCGACAUGUUCUUCUGGGCCACGUGUUCUCAUGGACCACAGAUUCUCCAUGGACCAGGGGAACAGAGGGACUAGGGUAGUAUGUGAACCAGGCAGUGAACCGGUCCACAGAACCCCAGCCACACUCGACUCCCCAGAUUUUACCCCCCUCCCCCCAGAGUAAACAAAGAGUGGCACUGACCCCAGAUAUUCCCCUGAGCUCUGUCUGUGACCUGUACAGUAUAUAAGUAAAUGAAUAAAUGAAUAUAUAAAAUAAUUAUAGAAAGCUGUUAUAUAAAAAAAAUAUAAAGAAUCUAAGAGCGGUACCAUAGAGACAGCGCCAGGCGUACGUUCGCCCAUCUUCUGUAUAAGGAAUGACGCUUGUCUAUGGUAUGAGCUUCUGUCCCAAGAGUGAUCUUCCUUCCCUCUCCACUCAUUACCCCCUUCUCCUCAUUCCUCCCCAUCCCCUCCCCCUUCUUUCCUCCUAUCCUUUCCCCUCUCCUAUUCUCCCCUCUUCAAAUACCCUCUUGUCCUAUUUCUACCCUUUUCCUCCCUUCCCACUCCAUUCCAUUCCUAGCCUCCAUUAUCCGCAUUCUCCAUCCAUCUCCUCUUCUCUCCCCCCCUUCCCUCCUACCCUCCCACCCUCCCCUUUCCCAAAUUAGAAACAAAAAAAAAGAUGUGUACUGUCUUUCCAUCAUUUCCUAAACUUUUGUAUAAAGAGACAUUGCUCAUAUGUUAGAAGACUUACCGGUAUGUACACAAGUAUCUGUUAGCGUUUGUAUGUAUGUAUUGUGUAUAUGUGUUUAUCCCAAUGUGUGUUUAUAUACCGUGAGAGAGAAGGACAAAAGAUGAUGCAUUAGGAAGAGAAAGCGUCAUUUUUGUAUUCUCUUUGUCAUACAUAUAUUAUAAAUAUAUAUAUAAGUGUAUAUACAUGUGUAUGUGUGUGUGUGUGUGUGUGUAGGUUUGUCUGUCUUUCUGUACGUGUGUGCGCUUAUGCUUAUGUGUAAUUUUCAUGUGUGUGUGUGUGUGUGUGUGUGUGUGUGUGUGUGUGUGUGUGUGUGUGUGUGUUUCUUUCUGCAUCUGUACAGUACGCGUAUGUAUGGUUUAUUAUACUUAGAGAAAUACGACAAAAAAUCAGCUUAAAGCGGUAUAGAGAAGUACCAAAUAUACAAUACGCGAUUCUUAGAUAAAGUUUACCCAAGAUUUCGUUCUUGAUUGACAGUCGGAACAGAAGGGAUAAUUUACAAAGCUCUCAAUGUUACAAGAGUAAGUAGUCUGGUAAGGGACGAUAACUUUCUACUCCGGGAAGUGUCAGGUAUGAAUAAUAUAAAUGGAACAAAAAAUUCACCAGACAGAAUUAAAACUUUUGUUGUGGUAACGAAAACUAUCCAAGUCGAUUUAAGUGUUUGGAGUUAAUAUAAACAUUAUUUAUAUAUUACAGAAAUAAAAUCAGGUAUAAACAUAUCAAAAAAAAGAUAUAUAAAAUACCAUAGAAUCUACUAAAGUAAUGGAAUUGGAAUAGUCAUCGAUCUUCUUUUCACCGCUAAGGUUGAUGCCGUCUCCACCUGUCUCACCCGUCACACACCACCUGCGUCACCCGUCACACACCACAAAUAACCUCAUCCGUCACACACCACCAACCACCUCAUCCGUCACACACCACCAAUAACCUCACCCGUCACACACCACCAAUAACCUCA